AUGGCUACCGGCGGAAGGAGACCGCCACGCAUGGAUGUCCAAACGAUGUAUCCGAAUUUCUACGCCGAGCAGCAUAAACAUCACGUCCAGGAGAACAACACUAUGUCAGUGACCCGCAAGCGGCGAGAGGGGUCUGGAGGAACCACCAGGCGAGACGGAUACGGGAAUUUACCUCGACCGACAUCACGAAAUGGACUCUUACAGCUACAACCGCGACUCGAAAGUGACGCGUCUUCGACAGAGCUUCCACGAGGCAGCAAGCGAGCGAUUCCCCCCAUUUCGGCCACUCGAAGCUCCAACCAACAGGAAGGAGCGCCUCUGCUCAACAACGACGAAGACUUAGCAGGCCCCGGAACGACGCUGCGACCUCCAUCUCGACAGGUUGCUCUUCGUGGGGAGCUCUGCACUUCCUCACCAGCUUGGGACGAUGGAACUUCGACUGAUAACACUGGGGUAUCUCCGCGACUUCGGCCUUUGCCCUUCCCGACAGCCUUGACCGGAAGUGCACGCUCGUUGCUGGAAGCCACGACAGCGAGAUUAACCAAGUCAGACGACGGCCAAUCUCUCGAGGAUCUUGUGAUGAAUGCUCCCCCUCGAACGCGAUAUGCGAGGCGAGAACUACACCGACAAGGCUCCGCUCGUCCUUUAGCUCGCAUUUCAACCGCACCUACGACACUGCGUGGACAACAGGCCCUGGACGGCACUUCAGUGACAGCUCGGGCUGCAGCAUCGUUGGGAGGUAGUCGUUCUGCCGGUGCUCUCCACAGUCACAGCACUUCUGCAGGGUUAACCCGACGUCCACCCAGCCGCCAAGCCGGUGUCGUUGAUGUAAUUGAAGCGGUUCUACCUGGAGUGGAUCUCGACGACGGCCCCGACGACGAAGAUGACGACACAAACUUCUUCUUGACGGAGUUGGAAGCAGCCGCGCGGGCCGCAAAGGCGCUGCAAAUUGCGCUGAAAGAGAAGGAUCGCGAGCUUGAAGCACGAGUCUACGCCAACCUGGGCAAUUUGGCACUUGCGCAGGAGAAUUUUGGCCACGCACUGAGCUGCCACCAUCGGGAUCUCCACUUGUGCUCGUCUAAGGUGCUGGACUGCCGCUUGGGUCGAGCGCGUGCUCAUCGGAACUUGUCAAUUGCUUACGCGAAGCUUCAUCGACGUGAUCUGCAGCUUAAACACGAAAAGGAGGCUCGAGACGCUGAGCAGAACGCCUACUUGAACGACAUCGCAGCCCACCAAGACACCAGCGUGGGGAAUAUCUGCUUUCAGGCCUCCUCAGACAUCGACCCAGCGCUCGUGGACCUCGUAUCGCAAAACCUCGCAGAGAUCGUGCGUGGGUUGUCGACACAGACCGCUCCUGGAAGUGCAGAAGAGAACAACGAGGACGACUCCAUCACGUCUGCCUUGGAAGAAGAGUGGAGAACUGCUGAAGUGGACUUGGAGGCUGCACUCGCUGCUCUAUCAACUGAAUCGCAGGCCAAGACAGCUACAAACGUCAGGAAGCCCCACUUUACUCCCCCACCCAAGUCACCAAUUGCGCUCUCUCGCCACGUUUCCGCCCGAAUCAACAACUACAGUUCUCCCGCAUCCCUCACCCAGCCAGAAGAAUGA